CGUAGUAACGGGCGGAUAUUUUCAAAAUGGAAGAGUUGGCAAAAUUUUGGAGGGGAACUGGAAAUCCACGAUUUUGGACUCUUUAAGGACUUCUUUGACGAGUUUCGAUGUACUCUGGUGGUCGAAAAAGAACAUUUCAGACCCGCGCGGCUACAAACCGGCACGAUGAGUCUUUCUAUCGGCGAUAAAAUCGAGGAUUUUAGGGUCCUCACCCUUCUGGGCAAAGGCUCCUUUGCAUGUGUUUAUCGGGCAAAAUCAGUCAAGACUGGGCUUGAGGUUGCCAUCAAAACGAUUGACAAGAAAGCAAUGCAGAAAGCUGGCAUGGUCCAGCGUGUGUCCAAUGAGGUGGAGAUCCACUGCAGACUCAAACACCCCUCCGUACUUGAGCUCUACAAUUAUUUUGAAGACAGCAACUAUGUCUAUUUGGUAUUGGAGAUGUGCCACAACGGCGAGAUGAGUCGGUACCUCAAAGAGCGAAAGAAGCCUUUCUCUGAGGAUGAAGCGAGACAUUUCAUGCACCAAAUCGUGAAGGGAAUGCUGUAUUUGCAUACUCACGGCAUCUUACACAGAGAUCUGACCUUGUCCAACCUUCUGCUGACCAGCAACAUGAACAUUAAGAUAGCGGAUUUUGGCUUGGCCACUCAGCUCAAACUGCCACAUGAGAAGCACUUCACUAUGUGUGGGACUCCCAACUACAUUUCCCCAGAGGUUGCCACCCGAAGCGCCCACGGCCUGGAGUCAGACGUCUGGUCUUUGGGGUGUAUGUUCUUCGCGUUCCUGAUGGGGCGCCCUCCCUUUGACACGGACACGGUGAAGCACACCUUGUCUAAAGUUGUUCUCGGGGAUUAUGAGAUGCCCACUCAUGUCUCUGUUGAGGCUCAGGAUUUGAUUGAUCAGUUGCUGCAGAAAGACCCCGCCCACAGGCCCAGCCUGUCAGCAGUACUGGACCAUCCGUUCAUGACCAAGAGCCUGCUGGUCAGGACCAAAGAGCUGGGAGUGGGAGAUGAAGGGUCCAUAGACAGUGGCAUCGCCACCAUCUCCACAGCCUCUACUUCCACCAGCAGCGGCACACGUCUCCAGAGGCGAACCAAACACAUGAUUGCGUCGACUCUUCCGAAUCGCAUGGCGCCCAUCCCGAGUCUUGCCCGCCAACCAAACGUCUUAGAGGGGGGAGACGAGUGGCAUCAACAACACUCCCUGGACACAUUUCACAGAGAAGGCAGGAGCAGGACAGCUCACGGCGGAAACGCUGCUCAGCCACACUCUCGCUUCCUCAGGAGGGCACACUCGUCAGAGCGCUGCGGUCCUGCUGCACUUGGACAGAGGUCGUCCCAGGCUGAGCUGGAGAGGUGGAGUUCAGAGGGGACUCUGGCUGUUGUCGGGAGCCAAAUGUUCCCCAUGAACUGCUCUCAGCAUCCGCAUUCAGAGCAUGGCCGGCACUCGUCACCUCCUGUCAAACAAUCAGCAAGUUUUAGGUAUUUAUCAACAGAGAUGGCACAUCAACCAAACUUACAGUUUCAGGAUCUAGACGGGGUUUCCAACUGGCUCAGCAAUGAAGGUUCUGGGCCAAGGCCCACAGAGAACAGCACCCACAGCAGCAGUGGCAGCUUUCACAGCAGCACAGGAGCUCUAGGGGUCCACAACUCCUGGACAGACAAACCUGGGAGCCGGGGUGUUCACUCUCUCCAUAGCCAGCACUCCGACUCAUACAGGGAGAACACACCCGAAGCAGAGUACCGCCUGUCAAAAGGAGGGGAUCUAAAGCUUUCUUUAGCCAAACCCAGUUCAGACAAGCAGAAGAAAACCCUGAGAGAUGUAGUCCCACCUCUGUGUGCAGCCAGACUGAAACCUAUCAGGCAGAAGACCAAAAACGCAGUUGUGAGCAUACUGGACACAGGAGAAGUGUGCAUGGAGUUGGUAAAAUGCCAAAACGGGCAAGAAAGGGUGAAGGAAGUUCUACGGAUUUCCUGUGAUGGAACAAUGGUAACAAUAUAUCAGCCUAAUGGAGGAAAAGGGUUUCCUGUGCUGGAUUGUCCUCCUGCUGCUCCGGAGGAUAUUCUCAUCUGCAGCUAUGAGGAUCUUCCAGAGAAAUACUGGAAAAAAUACCAGUAUGCUUCCAAAUUUGUGCAGCUUGUGAAAUCCAAAACUCCUAAAGUGACCCUUUACACCAAGUUUGCAAAAGUCAUGCUGAUGGAAAACUCGCCCAACGCUGACCUCGAAGUUUGCUUUUAUGACGGUGCAAAGACCCACAAGACACCGGAACUUAUACGAGUCGUGGAGAAGAGCGGAAAGUCGUACACCGUGAAAGGAGACGUGGGGCUGGGCGGCCUGAGUCCGGAGAGCAGGUUGUACGUCGAGCUGUCCGACGAGGGUCACAGCAUGUGUCUGUCACUAGAGGCCGCCAUUACGGCAGAGGAGCAACGGAGCAACAAAAAAGUUCCUUUUUUCCCCAUAACUAUCGGCAGGAGACCUGUCACCUCAGAUGCCCCCUGUUUGCCUUUGCAGCAGAUGCUCCGCAAUACAGCUUCACCUCCAAAAUCCACACAAAUCACUCCUUCUAUGAUUUCCUACGAUGGGUCUGAUUUCACCACAGCAAGCAUGAGUAGAAAAUGCUCUCCGGUGCGGCAGGACCUGGUUCAGAGUUCAGGGAAGGUGCUGAAAUCAAUAUUUGUGCCCAACGUUGGGUGGGCUUCCCAGCUGACGAGCGGAGAGGUGUGGGUGCAGUUCAACGACGGCUCUCAGCUUGUGGUUCAGGCGGGAGUUUCCUGCAUUACUUACACUUCUCCGGAUGGGAGGAUCACCAGGUAUAAAGAGAAUGAAAAGCUACCAGAAAACGUCAAGGAAAAGCUGCACUGUCUCUCGACUAUUCUCGGACUGCUGGCAAACCCGUCCACACUGCAUCAACACUCAGAGCAUUAGAAACUUUUAAAAACUGGUGCUUUGUAAAUAUGCCUGCUUGUUUUUACAUGUACAGAAGAUUAAGAUUAUGAAAAGAUAGAUUUUAUUUUACUACCUGACUUUGUUGUAUAGUGUCUAAAAUAGCCCUAUUUUUGUUUUUUAACGUCUCUAUAUUCAUGUACUGUGUGACUGAUGGCUGAAGCAAUAAAUGUGUGGAGGCUGUGUGGGAAAUUACUGCA